AUGAAGUUCAUUUCCGCUCUUGUAGGAGCUGCUCUCCUCACUCAGCAGUCCGCUGCCCACCCGGACGACAGCCCCGAGGAGCACGCUCGUGAGAUCGCUCAGCGCAAUGCGUACUUGAGCACCCACAAGCGCUCGCUCGCUCACUGCGCCGAAGCACUGAAGGCUCGCGGCAACGAUCUUGCUAUGGCUCAUCGCCGCAGCUUGGAGGUCAAGAAGAUGCGCGCUAAGCGUGCCAUCGACCAGGAGAAGAACUACCUCCGUGCUCGUGACCUCGACACUGUUCUUGCCACCUCCCACGCCUCCAAUCGGACCGGCAUCACUGCCGAUACCGACCCGUCCGUGAUCUUCGCUGGCAACAACUCCUGUAUCCUCACCCCUGAGGUCACCUCGGGCCCGUACUGGGUUAAGGGCGAGAUGAUCCGCGAGGACAUCACCGAGGACCAGAAGGGUGUGCCCCUGCACCUCGACAUCCAGGUCAUCGAUGUCAACACAUGCGAGCCCAUCCCUUCUGUCUACCUCGAGAUAUGGAACUGCAACGCGACUGGUAUAUACUCCGGUGUUGUCUCCAGUCGCAACGGUGACGGCAGUGACGAGUCAAAUCUCGACAAAACCUUCCUCCGCGGUAUCUCGCAGACCGACGAGUGCGGUGUUGUGCAGUUCGACACUCUGUUCCCUGGCCAUUACACCAACCGUGCUACCCAUAUCCACAUCAUGACGCACACUCUCGAUGCUACUGUAAACGACAACAACACCCUGGCUGGUUCCUCACUCUCCCACGUCGGACAGAUGUUCUUCGAUCAGGACCUCAUCGAGGCAGUCGAUACCAUCGAGCCGUACGCCAGCAACACCCAGGUGAUUAAGGAGAACUACAAGGACACUUAUCUGAAAGAGAUGGCCAGCGAAGUUGACCCAAUGGUCGAAUACGUUUUUCUCGGUGACGAUAUAUCCGAGGGUAUCUUCGGAUGGCUGUCUUUCGGCAUGGACUCUAGUGCUUCUUACAACGUCACUCCUGCGGCCUACCUGUACGCUGACGGUGGCGUUACCAACAAAAACGCCAGCAUAGGUCCUCCUCCCGGGACCAACAGUACAUGA